ACCGGGUGGGCCGGCGGAGGGAUAUGAGGCUGUUGUGUAUAUAAACCGCCCCUCUGCUCUUUGUUUGUUACAGACUGACUAGAUCCGGAGAGAGAGCAGAUUACACACCGGAGGGAAUCAUUUGCCUUGUCAAGAUGCAGAUCUUUGUAAAGACCCUGACUGGGAAGACCAUCACUUUGGAGGUGGAGCCAAGUGACACCAUCGAAAAUGUGAAAGCCAAGAUCCAAGAUAAGGAAGGCAUCCCUCCAGACCAGCAGCGUCUCAUCUUCGCUGGUAAGCAGCUGGAAGAUGGUCGCACUCUCUCCGACUACAACAUCCAGAAGGAGUCCACUCUUCACCUUGUGCUCCGUCUGAGGGGAGGCAUGCAGAUCUUCGUGAAGACCCUCACUGGCAAGACCAUCACCCUGGAGGUGGAGCCAAGUGACACCAUCGAGAACGUCAAGGCCAAGAUCCAGGAUAAGGAAGGCAUCCCCCCAGACCAGCAGCGUCUCAUCUUCGCUGGCAAGCAGCUGGAAGAUGGCCGCACCCUCUCUGACUACAACAUCCAGAAGGAGUCCACCCUCCACCUGGUCCUGCGUCUUAGAGGAGGCAUGCAGAUCUUUGUGAAGACCCUGACUGGGAAGACCAUCACCCUGGAGGUCGAGCCAAGUGACACCAUCGAGAACGUUAAGGCCAAGAUCCAGGACAAGGAAGGCAUCCCUCCAGACCAGCAGCGUCUGAUCUUCGCUGGCAAGCAGCUGGAAGAUGGCCGCACCCUCUCUGACUACAACAUCCAGAAGGAGUCUACCCUCCAUCUUGUGCUCCGUCUGAGGGGAGGCAUGCAGAUCUUCGUGAAGACCCUGACCGGCAAGACCAUCACCCUGGAGGUUGAGCCAAGUGACACCAUCGAGAACGUCAAGGCCAAGAUCCAAGAUAAGGAAGGCAUCCCUCCAGACCAGCAGCGUCUGAUCUUCGCUGGCAAGCAGCUUGAAGAUGGCCGCACCCUCUCCGACUACAACAUCCAGAAGGAGUCCACCCUCCAUCUUGUGCUCCGUCUGAGGGGAGGCAUGCAGAUCUUCGUGAAGACCCUGACCGGCAAGACCAUCACCCUGGAGGUUGAGCCAAGUGACACCAUCGAGAACGUCAAGGCCAAGAUCCAAGAUAAGGAAGGCAUCCCUCCAGACCAGCAGCGUCUUAUCUUCGCUGGUAAGCAGCUGGAAGAUGGCCGCACCCUCUCCGACUACAACAUCCAGAAGGAGUCCACCCUCCACCUGGUGCUCCGUCUGAGGGGAGGAAACUAAUCCCAGUCCACCUAAAGCCACCAUAUAUGCUCAAACAGCUCCUCCCAGUCCAGCUGUUAAUCAUUCCCCUUUUUAAGUUUUUAAUAAAGGUUCAGCAUUCCCAACUUUUUUGCUUUUAGUGACUUUUUGUGGUUUCACUUUGCAUUCAGCGACCUGACUUUAUUUUUCCAUUCAAAAACUAAAGAACAUUUCAUUUAUAAAGUAAGGUAUGUUUGUUCUAGAAGGAUGUAACCACGCGGUUUUCCAUAAUAGUCAUCACUUUGGAAUCCCCUCAUUGUGUUUUCAUUAUAAGCAGCUGGUAACUGAUGUUCAAGACCUAAUAAAACAGCUUCUCACCGUAA